GCGUCUGCCCAAAUGAAUUCGAACCGGCGACUCCGGCACAACCCUCCCAGUGGGGGAUCUGAGUCCGGUGACUCCGGCAUCCUCAACGAGCGCGUCCUCAUUCUCGUCUUCGAAUCUAUCAAAUGGGACCUGCGCACCCUUUGCGUAACCGCGUCGUUGAACCAGAAGCUUCGAGCGAUGGCCAAGCGACUCCUCUGGCGAGCGAUGUGCAUGUACCGAGCGCCGCGCAUGGUAGCCGCAUUGAGCAGUGGUGCACCGAAUGGAAGAAUUGGAGGUGGGUGGGAUGCGCUCGCUAAGCUCAUGUUUUAUUGCUGCGGCUGCCGGCCCGCCGGCCACUUCCAGGUGAGUCAUCCAGUGGCGGGUCACUUAGUGAAAGCGUCCAGAUUUUCCAAGACGUCGGGUCAGAGCUUCUUGAAAAAAAGGUUCAGAGGAGACCUGUUAUAUGUGAGCGAUCCGUGCGAGCAUCGGAUGGGGGACAUGGAAGAUGAUUUAGGAGUAUACAGAGGGAUAUUUCAGGGAUUUAUGAGAUCCAGGACGAGAGCGUGCUUGAUCCGACGGCAAGUGGAUCUGGAGCAGGGGGUGAGGUGUCCAUAUUGUGGGGCCCGCGUAUGGAGCAUGACCAAGGCCAGGCUGGUUCCGAAGAGCGCGGCGAGGAGGCUGGGCUCGCAUGACGGAGGGUUGGAGUAUUUCGUGUGUGUGAAUGGGCACUUGCAUGGAGCUUGUUGGCUAGUACCGUUGUCGUCGGACGAGAACGAUCUUGACGCAGACGACGAGGAUGACGAUGGCGCAAGUGACGAUGAGGGUCAGGAUGGUGUCCGUAGGAUUGACCCGAAUGAUCGGACGGCCACGAAUGGAAGUUUGAGCUCGACUGGGGAGGACAUAGAUGGGCCCGCAUAGUGGGCGAAUCUCUGGCCACAAAUAACAAAUCAUUGACCAGAACCACGGAAUCUGACUCGUCUUCGGUAGCACGGCCCAGUUUUUCACUGAAGGCGAAUGUGAGAUGCGCUAUUACUCCGCACCACUACUGGUGGGCUUGACAUGGAGUAUUUAUCCACCUCCUUUUUCUCGCUUCAGUUUCUGUAGUCAUCAGCGUAGGGCUUGUACAUGAUCAUUUGUGAUAGUUAUUUUAGUUCUAGUUCCCUGUUCCCAGGUCGAGUUAGAUAUGUGGAGGCGGUGUCACCGGGAUGAUGAACAAUUAUAUGUGUGGAAAGGCCCAUUAGGAUAUGAUUGCUUAGCUUCUUGGUUCAAAUUGACGUAUACACAUUUCAUUUUUCUGGGCCAUGCAAUCUUACGUGAAAAUGUUGCUUUAUGGAACUUUGUGUGUGCUGAACUCUCGAGUAUCGGCAUUUCCGCGUGUUUUAUCUCCCUGUACAUGUGUGCAGUUAAA